CAAAAGGGCACCCCCAACAGCCCGAAGGGUCACUGUAUGAGUCGGUUGUACCCUCAUAUCGAUCCACUCAGCAGAGUUACGAUUAUCUUGAAUAGCGACAAAAGGAAGCAUCUCGCUCAUAAUACAACAGACCUUUCUCCAAAAAGUACCAGGUUCUGUCGUAAAAUGGAAAGCCUGGAGGAAAAUACAGAACUGGAAAUCAAGAUGAGCGAUCUGUACCCGCGGUUCUUGAGUGGCAUCAAGGAGCAUCAGGCACCAUCAUGUUUGGAGAUGCUUCGGUUAGAGAUGUACCAGGCGUGGAUUGACGGCAAAGGGGACGCUAGUUAUCAUGUCACAGCAUCAGAGGCCGUCGGCAUGGCCAUCGGACACAAACACGUACAGUACGUGGAAUAUCUGCUGCAGGAAUACCCAGUCCAAGCCAUGAGGACUGGGGGGUACCGCUGCAGUCACGUCGCCCGGGCCGUUGAGACGGACCUGCCAGCCGUGGUACGCAGGCUUCUCCAGCACACGCUGAUGCUGCCUGCCUCGCAAAAUCACCGCUCCAAGCUGUACCACUACGGGUUCCGAUUCAGAAAGAAUAUACGCUCCCCUUGUAAUGGACCGAAGGGACUGGAUUCCAAAUUCAAGAGCAAGAAGACGAAGAAGGUGACGAUGAUGAGCUACUUGAACAAGCCGUCGGGAUGCAUGGUGUCCGGACCCAGUAAGACGGCCGUGCAUCUGGCCAGCGAGAUGGGCCGCGCGGCCUGCCUGGCUGAGCUGCUCCAUCACGGAGCCAUCCCGACCCCAAAGGACAACGCCGGAUUCAAUCCCUUGGACUGCGCUCUUCGUAAACUCUGCAGCGACAGUAGGAGCCUCAACCCGGCCAAACUAGCUCAAACCUUGAAGGAGCUGUUUCCCUUCCUACCCGUGGUCCAGGCUGCUCCGGAGACGGUGGAUCUGGUUCGGAAGACUGCGGAACGAGCCGAUAUUUCCCCGGAGUUGAAGGAGAUUCUGUCAUGGGUACUCAAAGAGAUGGGAACCCCAAGAUCCCUGGAACAGAUCUGCAGACACCGGAUCCGGACGGAAAUCGGACAUGCAGGCUUACAACCUGUUCCGGUUGGGGUUCUGCAGUUGCCCUUACCUAAACUUAUCAAACAAUAUCUCUUCGCAUCGUUUUGAUUUGAGAACAAAUUAAUUUGAUGUACCAUGCUGGAUGGUUCAACUGUCGCUUUCCCAUGCUAAUAGAAGUAUCAACGGCUUGCGUUCUAUACCGAACUCAAUAAUGGAUGGAUCAUACAUGUACAGUCGAACACUUUUAUAACAAGGUCCUUUGGACUUUGGACUUACUACCCAACCUUGUUAUAACAGGUACAGUCGAGUCUCGUUAAUACAAACUCGUUCAGACCAUGGAGCUAUUGUAGCUCCAU